AAGCUUAUCGCGGACAAGACUUCGUAGGAAUAACUCCGGCAGUUUUCGAAAUCAAAAGCGUUACGCCGAUGAAAACAUUGGGGAAAAGAAAAAACUCUCUUUGGCGAGUGUUAAAUACCUGGUAGAAAAAAAACAAACAACAAGUAAUGGACAUCGAACGACCUUGUGAAACGUAGUUUCGAGGCAGGACUGAGCAAUGAACUGCAGCGCACCAGAUGUGGCCGUGACUUUGAAACUGUAAAGCUCAUUGGCAACGAUGCUUAUACGUGCAGCUUGAACCGUUGUAAUUUCGAAUAGAUAUGAGUUAAAUCUAUUGAAAUGUAAUAAUCACAGUAACGUAACUUACGAGCACCGCAAGGGUAAUACACAUUUCGUUUAGCACAUCGUCGAUAAUUUUUUGGUCACCUCGUAUAAAACCGGAACGACCCGUUAUAGUUUUACCAGAGAGCAGCAUCUUCUACCCGAGCCAACAGCGGAUACAAAUACCUCUUUAAUCCGUUGUUUUAAUACCAGUCUGCACAUUAUGGCCGACUUCACCCACCCGGCCAUCUGUGCGUUAUUGGCUCUUCUAGCCGCAUCUGUUUCUCACAUCGACGCGCAGCCGUUAAGCGACGAGGAUGUUGUCAGUUUGUUGCCAGAAAUUCCGAAAACAACGAACGAAACUCUAGCGGCAAUUGUACAGGAUCCCGUUGUGCAGAACGCCGUGCAGACGAUCGUUGGAAAUGGAACACUUUCUGGACUGGUGGUCAAAAAAAAUACCGUCAUUUUACCCGCCAGCGAACCGGAUGUGAUAUUAACUCAGAAUGAACAAAUUCUGACGGCCCCGGUUACUCAUCUGGAAGACAUCAGGAAAAAUAUUACGGAAGCAGCUACCCUCGCAGCUGAAGAAGAUGACGCUGACAUUACUGCCGUCGAAGAAAUUUCAUUGGCAGAAGUCAUCCCCAUAAGUGACGCACAGGGCAGCGAAACGACCCCGGAAAAAGCAGUCGAAAUCUUUCCCGAGGAUUUAACGGCGGAAAAUUUAGUCGACGAAAAAGUGCUCUCGGAUUCAAAGUUAAUUCCAAAUCACGAACUUCCCCAUAUAUCCCCGUUGUCGUCCGAUGGCAAUGAGUGGAAUGUACCUGGUAUUAAGCAGACCGGUAUAAAGCUACCGGAAGGUGUAGUUCCCCCCACCAUAAGCCUACCUGGUGUAAUUGGAGAUAAAAUAUCCGCGCCAUUAGUCGCGGUUUUACACCCAAAAAACUUAACUGCAGAUUAUCAGAAUGAAUCGGUUAUCGUCGUGCCAUCGGUGGCUACGGAAAAUAAUUUGGCCGACGUGCAUCAGGACGAGGAUAUCGUCGAAUAUGGGGCCAGGAUCCCUGUGGAAUUAAUAAAAAAGGAGACAGACGAGCAUCCAACGAUUAGAAUCGAGGAUCGGAGUGCACCGGAUUAUCAAAAUGGCGGCGGAGUGGACCCUGCGUUGGCGCAGCCUUCGAAGGAUUUAGUGGCAGUUUUCGCGCUCGCUGAUGAAAAUCUGUACUACGAAAAUAAUGAGAAUGACAUGGUGGCCGCCGAGGACAUAAUAUUCAGGCCCCUUUUCCGAUAUCGUCAACAGGAGAACGAUCGCACAAGAAUUCUUGAAGAGAGGGCCUAUCGAAAACCUAAUUAUAGACGAUACAGACCUUCCUAUUACGGUGGUUCUUUUGGGUACAAUAAUAACUACAAUCCGUACAAAAGACCGAGAUACUACGACGAUUAUUAAAUUUUUUAUUCGGCCGAGUAUAAUCAGAUAGAAGACUAAUUUUCAAAUUUUUCAUUUCCGCAUUCGAAAAUCACAUUUUUUCAGAAUAGCUUUAAAGACUGCGGGAUCAACUUGGAUCACAGAACCAGGCUUAUCGUCGAUUUGUUCGUUUCUUUGUUUUUUUUAUGCAGUUAAUCAUUCAUUAUAGAAAACGACGUCAUGCUUAGUUUGAAUAUUGAUUAUUAUUUAUCGCACGUAUAUAGAUAUAGAUGCAAAAAUAUCGUUUACGUGUGGGUAUGUAUCAUCAUAUAAUAUAUGCGAAUCAUCGUACACCACUCUCUGAGUCAUUAUCCUCCUAAUCCAAUAAGCAGAAAAACACUUACCGUUGUUAGGUGAUAUGCAGAUGUAAAUAUAUUCUCAGAAUUUUAUCCAAAACCGCUAGCAUACUUUACUUUCCUUUCGCAACAACUACACAUACGUUUAGUAACGAGGCCAAUAGGUAUAUGGAAGAACAGGUGAAAUUAUGAGUUACUCAAAGAUGUCGUCAUGAUCAAAUAAACAUCAAUAUUUGUAGCGAAAAUAAUCGACUUAUUGCGAUAUUGACGAUAUUGACGGAAUAAAAAUAUUUCACUCACCUAUCCCCCGAUGGGCUUCAAAACUAAUCGCCAGAAAAAUUAUUCAAAAACGUAGGGGUCACGUUUUUUCCUCCGACCAGAUUUAGGCAGCGGAAAUCCCAUGCGGUAAUACACCAACCACGAAUAAUUGCCAUUCCUGAGAAAAGAAGUCAACAAACAAACAAUCGUGAAUUAAUUCACGAUGUGGCACAGUUAGCCUAACCCACUUAAAUAUGUAAUGAUCAUCUGCGAGUGAUUUCGUGAUAAUCUGGGGUAUUUUAUUAGUGUCAAGUCGACCAGGUUGCGACGCCCAAAUAUUUCUUUUUCCCCCCAAACUUUUUGAUCGUUGUUUCUUCAACACCUGAAGAAUUCCGAGCAAUUUUCCGAACUCUGGAAAAGCUAAAUAAAUUCAACGAAUGCUCGAAGACGUUUGAAAAUUUUUGUUUUGUCAACGUUUCGAUUAUUAUAGAGAGGAAAUACAAAAAUCAAAAGCAAAUGAUUUUCCUUAUGGUUCGGGAGUUUGACAGAUCGUUAAUCCUAGUACUGAAAUUUUCCCCUGAUCAGAAGUUACCUAGUAUAAUCAAUGAGAUUGCUUGACUAUAAAAAGGAGAGAAAAAAAAAAAAAAAUAUGGCGAACGAAUAAUAGAAAAUCAUCACUGAACGUACGCGAUUCGAUUUAACGUGCGUCUUUCGGUAGUAGUACGGGGAAUAAUGAAGAGUGAAAUAUGUAUACAUACCUACCACAUGUAUGUUCAGAUGAAACGGAUUAUAUGCAUACGUAAUGAAUCGUUAUUGUUUAUUCGACGUGUGAGGAAGUGACGCGGAUAAUAAUUUCGCGCGAUUUUGCUCUCUCGUGGAAUAUCAACAAAUUACUGUAAUCAAAUGAUUCCGAGAGAAAGAAUUAACCGUGCGGAAAACUUCGAUCCACAUCGUGCGCGCCAUGGAACGAAGGAAAAAAACGUAACCCUUUACUGCUGCGGCGAUAAUUUGUUAAUUAGAAAAAUGUUAUUCCUUCCAUUAUUGUACCAUUUACCGUGUGUUACAACAUACCACGCGAACUGACAUAUAAAUGUUUACCUCGUU